AUAUUUCCCGCUCAAUUCGAUGGAAGAUUGCGGCAAUAAAAACAUUGCGCCAGUUCCUCGCAGUUCUCAUCUCAUCUCGGAAGAACACGAUGGCCGGAAAGAGGCGCUUCUCGAGGUCCUUCUCUUCCCCCAUCCCCAUCGGAAAUUGCCGUGUUGAAAUCGAAAGUAAAAACUUCGGCUGCAAACCGACCGAGAAGCAACUCACCAUCUCCGUAUCAGCGAAGGCGAAGAUCAAUAUCUCAGUGGAUGAUUCAAUGGAUUGCGGUGGCAAUCUUUUUACUGAUCUCAAAUGUCCAGAUGUUGGAAAGGGAUGCUUUCUAUUCAAGGACUGUUCAUAUUUGCUUGUGAAUCCCAAAAAUGCUGAUGAGCAGAGUAAAUUUCUGCUUCAGCUUCAGGAAACUCUGAAAAUUUAUACGAAAGAGCUUCCAACAAUGAAUUAUGCGGCAAAUACUGGAAGGGAAUCUCUAUUUCUUGAAAAAUCCUUAUUAAACGGGAAAUAUAACACUUUGAUUUUGAGAUCAAAUUCCUGUAAUACUCUUGAAGAGGUUGUGGCCGCUGUAUCAUAUCAAAUAAUUCCUGCAAAUACCCAAUAUGCUGAAAUCCCUCUUGCUGCUGUCAGCUCAAGUUACCAGAACAAGGGCAUUGGUAAGCUCCUGUUCAAAGAAUUGAGAGAUAGACUGCAGAAGGUUGGCAUUUCAACCAUAUUGUGCUGGGGAGAUGACGAGUCUGAAGGAUUUUGGCUUAAGCAGGGUUUCAUGUCAAUAGGUAAGGUAGAUCAUAAAGGAAAAGCUUGCAAGCUACCAAUAAAACCUAAUAUUAGGCGGGCAUUGUGCUUUCCUGGUGGUUCCACUCUUAUGAUUGCUCAUCUCAAGAAUGAUAUUGGUUUAGAUGAUGCUCCAAGAUGCAAUUUGUGCAUCUCUUCUGAGGUUGGUGCUUUAUUACCUUAUGAUUGUGUCAACACAAAUCCUGGGCUUGUGAAAGCAAAGUUAGAAGGCUCUCCAUGGAGUGGUACUGUAGAUAAACACUUCAUCCAUCAAAUCCAAGGAAAGAGUCCGUGUCAUGUAUCAGUGAAAAGUGGGUUCUGUGAAGACAAGCAAGCUGCUGAAGUAGGUAUCUCUGCUGGUGCUGGUAGAAUGCCAUGUUGUGGUAAAUUGGUUUCUUGUAGUAAAGGGUGGUGCAAUGCUACUGAAAAUGAUGUAGUGCUGGAAGAUACCGUAUAUGAUGAUGCUGAUGGUAGCGCGUAUAAUUCUGGGAAGGGUGUAAAGAGGCAGAUUUCCGAAGCUUUAUCAUCUUCACUAAAGUCAAAGCGAGUUAGAGGUGGCCAUCAUAUUCAGUGUUGCCCGUGUUCAAGUCAAAUUAUUCCUUACGAUGGACUAAGUAAACUAGACUCUGAUACUCGCCCCUUAGGCAUACUUCCCAUGGAAUUAUGUGAUGCUGAAAUGUCUAAGGAUCUUAAUGAUGUUACUCAUGUGGGAUCUGAUGCCAAAGGAAAUAACUCAUUGGCUGACAUUCUGGUCUCUGAUGUACUCUGCGCCAAAAUCAUGUUCAUGAAUAUUGCUGAUGAGAUGAAGAAAGCUUCGCUUGUGAAGGUAGUUCAUGAACUAGGUGGUUCAGUAACUUGUGAUGGAAAUUCAAGCACUCAUGUCAUUGCAGGGAAAGUUAGACGGACUCUUAACUUCUCGACAGCACUUUGUUCAGGUGCUUGGAUAGUCUCACCAAACUGGUUGAAGGCAAGCUUCAGGGAACGCAAGUUUUUAGGUGAAGAGCAUUACAUUUUGGAAGAUGAAGAUUACCUGUCAAAAUACAAGUGUAAACUUAAGGAUGCUGUAUUAAGAGCCAAAGCAAAUCCUCGUUCCCUGCUUAAUGGAUAUCAUUUCUGUCUUGCUAGGCAUAUUCAGCCCUCCUUCGAUAUCCUUUCAACUAUCAUCGAGUCUGCUGGUGGAGAUGUUAUUGCUAAGCUUGCAAAUAUAAAGGAGCCCUCACGUACAAUCUUCUUAGCGUGUGAGGAAGACAUGACAGAAGCAUUGGCCGCUGCAAAGAAAGGGGUGCGAACAUUUAGCAGCGAUUGGUUCAUGAAUUGUAUAAUGAGGCAAGAACUUGAUUUGGAGGGUCCUCAGUUUGCGGAAUCCCUGUAAGAUGGAGUUUCAAAAUGCCUAUUUAACUAUGAACAAUGAAAUAAUGUCACUGUGAUGCGGCCUUGCUUGGUGUGUUUAUAUAUAUAUUGUUGGGAUAUAUUUGAUUUUCACUUUUAUGUGUAUCUGAAGUUUACCAGAGAAUUGGUAUUUUAUUUUAUUUUAUUUUUCUGAUAUUGA